UCGGUGGCUGGCGGUUUUUCAGUCAUUCGUCGCCCGUUCCCCAUUCAACGCACGCCGUGAAACGUGAGCGAGUGAGGGCGGAAAACACAAAACGUAGUCAUGUGCUCGAGCGCCACUUUCAAAUUUCUCUGCUACUUUUAUGCGUGUUGCAACAUUUUCUGUGCAAUUAGCAUCGCGGUCGGUGCAGACAAAGUGAGUGAGAAAAUUACCCGCGAUAACUGCAGCUCCGGCGUGAAGUCGCUUUCGCUUUCACAGGACCCAGUGGACCGUUUUCCCGGUGGUGUUUGCAACAGAAAAACUUAUGCGGCACUCCUGCUCAUGCUGGCACUGGCAUGCUGUAUGUCGGUUCUGCUGGCGGUUGGCGUUGCGCUGGAAAAGCCAUCGCUGAUAAAGACGUUCCGGGUGUUCUUGUAUGUAAAUGUAAUUUUUCUCUUUGGCUGCUGGCUGUCGAUUUUCAUCUCGUUCUACGAAACGCACGCCGACACACUCAUGGUACUCUGGGGCUUUGUGCUCGUGCUGAGCGUUGUUUACUUCGGAUUGCAAAUUUGGGUCGUUACAGGAGCUUGCGAAGCAGUUCAGAAUCGCUCUUUUACAGAAUUUAAACCUAACCUUCUUUUUACAUAUUUGCUAAAAUGA